UGAGUUCUUGAAAUGUUGUAGCCUGUUCAUGGUCUCUGAGAAAUAACAACCUUAAACCCAUAAUCUCUAAUACUUCCUAAACUUUCGUAAUAAGAGAAGUGCUAUUCCUGAUAACACCUCUCAUUUGCAAGUUCAAAUCAUCAUUAAUCUUGUAGUCUGUUAGCUGGGUGUGUUUACAUCGGGCAUUGUUAUUAUAGUUAACCUUAUUGUUAAUCUUCUAACCAUAAAAAUUAAACUAUUAAUGGUGAAUAGAGCUUUUCACCUUAGCAUAGGCCUAUCCCACUGGCGGGAUAUGUGCCAAUUCCCAAGAAAAGUCAGUCAUGUGCUUUUCAGAGGAUGAAAGCUUAAGAUAAAGACUGAAAGUGUUUGAUGCUGGAGGUGGGAGUGGUAUUAUAUAGGUCUCAGCCAAGACAUGUGAUAGCCACUGUAGGAGUAGCUGCAAAGAGAAGUCUGUGACUCCAAUUAAUCAGUUCCAGCAGACCUUGUGAAGCCUACAGGAAUAAUGCUUCUGGCUGUCUUGUGCUGCCUGCUGUGGAGUUUUCAGACCUCCGCUGGCCAUUUCCCUCGAGCCUGUGUCUCCUCUAAGAACCUGAUGGAGAAGGAAUGCUGCCCACCGUGGAGUGGCGACGGGAGUCCCUGUGGCCAGCUUUCAGGCAGAGGUUCCUGUCAGAAUAUCCUUCUGUCCAAUGCACCACUUGGGCCUCAAUUUCCCUUCACAGGAGUGGAUGACCGGGAGUCAUGGCCUUCUAUCUUUUAUAAUAGGACCUGCCAGUGCUCUGGCAACUUCAUGGGAUUCAACUGUGGAAGCUGCAAGUUUGGUUUUUGGGGACCAAACUGCACAGAGAGACGACUCUUGGUGAGAAGAAGUAUCUUUGAUUUGAGUGUUCCAGAGAAGGACAAAUUUUUGGCCUACCUCACUUUAGCAAAGCAUACUAUCAGCUCAGACUAUGUCAUCCCCACAGGCACCUAUGGCCAAAUGAAAAAUGGAUCAGCACCCAUGUUCAGUGACAUCAACAUUUAUGACCUCUUUGUCUGGAUACAUUAUUAUGUGUCAAUGGAUGCACUGCUUGGGGGAUCUAAAAUCUGGAAAGACAUUGAUUUUGCCCAUGAAGCACCAGGUUUUCUGCCUUGGCAUAGACUCUUCUUGUUGCGGUGGGAACAAGAAAUCCAGAAGAUAACAGGAGACGAAAACUUCACUAUUCCAUAUUGGGACUGGCGCGAUGCAGAGAAGUGUGACAUUUGCACAGAUGAGUACAUGGGAGCUCAGCACCCAGCAAAUCCUAACCUACUCAGUCCAGCAUCAUUCUUCUCCUCUUGGCAGAUUAUCUGUAGCCGAUUGGAGGAGUACAACAGCCAUCAGACUUUAUGCAAUGGAACGUCCGAGGGACCUUUACAGCGCAAUCCUGGAAACCAUGACAAAUCCAGGACCCCAAGGCUCCCCUCUUCAGCUGAUGUAGAAUUUUGCCUGAGUUUGACCCAAUAUGAAUCUGGUUCCAUGGAUAAAUCUGCCAAUUUCAGCUUUAGAAAUACACUGGAAGGAUUUGCUAGUCCACUUACUGGGCUAGCAGAUGCCUCUCAAAGCAGCAUGCACAACGCCUUGCACAUCUAUAUGAAUGGAACGAUGUCCCAGGUACAGGGAUCUGCCAAUGAUCCCAUCUUCCUUCUUCACCAUGCAUUUGUUGACAGAUGGCCAUCUUGCUGGUUCUUCACAGGAUCUUUCCUCUGUGUAUGUCUGUGACCUAACCUCUUCAUA